AUGGCUCUAAGCUAUAGGCGAAUCUCGCUGAAUCCGGUUGCGAAAUUACCGGCUAACGCGUCCAGUAGAGCCCCCGAUUCAACUGUCCAAUUGUUUCUAGGACCAUCGAAUUCUGCAGCUGGAAGGGCGACAGAAGUGUCGUGUAAGUCGAAUGGAAGUGGUGAAGAUCCAAGGCCCGAUGCUCUACCAUUAGGCUAUCGAGGCGGUCUUCGACAUGCUUGGGGUCGCAUAUAA